AUGUUUCUCACUGGAGAAAGACUUCAGAAUCCACUUCCUGGAACAGUUAUUGAAGUAGACAUUACAGAAGGGAAUGGCAAAACUGAGAUUUUAAGCCCUGAGGACAGCCUCUCAGAUAGCUCCAAGGGACUGCUCCAAAGUGAAGAAGAAGAAGAAUUUAGAGGGUCAUCUUCCGCGCAAUCGGCUUGGGACUCUUCCUCCUUUGGCUCAGGCGUCUGGUGGGAAAGGCGAGUUAGUGGGAAGUUCCUGCUGCAGCCUUACGCCUGCUCCGGUAGCUCGCCAGCCUGCCGCUCCACUGCUUUCCAACCCCUCCGUCCAGCUUCCACAGCAGCCGCAGCCGCUUCCGCUUCCACUUCUGCCACCAUCUUAGCCCGUGCGGGUGCACGCGUCCCAACCUGCAGCGGUCUCCUCCACUUAGGUGAGUCUUUGCUGGUCACAGAGCUAAUGAUGGAAGAGUUUGGGGAACAGGGCGCAGCCGGUCCCUUAAUCGAUGCGGCGGUGCAAGCCUCUCCCCAAGCCUUAAUAGGGUACUCCUUAGAUGAGGACUUUAUUGAGAGCCUGCCUCUGGCAGUUAAGUAUCGAGUGUACGCUCUCAAAAAGCUUCAGGUCAAAUCUGCAGGCCUAGAAGCCAAGUACUUGAGGGAAUUUCAUUCCAUCGAGAGGAAAUUUGCCGGCAUAUAUGGGCCCUUAUUGGAAAAGAGGCGCCAGAUCAUCAAUGCGCUCUACGAGCCCACAAAAGAGGAGUGUGAGGUGAAGUCCAAGGCCGAGGACUAUGAUGAUAAUGAGGUGGAAGAUGAUUGUAAUGCUCAGAUGCAGGGUCCAGAGGAGAAUCCGGCGUAUGAAGACUUGGAGGAAUAUUGCGAGCAAGAUUUCGAAGAUAUGGAGGAACUCUUUGGGGAGUAUGGAGGACUCCAGGGACAUAAUGUGGACGGAGAGAAAGAGGAACCUACAGGGAUCCCCAAUUUCUGGCUCAUGGCUUUAAAGAACGUCGAGGAGGUCUCUCCCUUGAUUCAGAAAUAUGACGAGCCCAUUCUGAAACUCUUGCGGGACAUGAAAGUCAAGUUUUCAAAACCCAACGAGCCACCCUCCUUCACUCUGGAAUUUUACUUUGAACCUAACGACUACUUCACAAAUGAAGUGCUGACCAAAACUUAUACGCUCAAAUCUAAGCUCCAUUACUCUGACCCCCACCCCUUUAGGGGAUCUGCAGUGGAGCAUUGCAAUGGCUGCAAGAUAGAUUGGAAGGAGGGGAAGAACAUCACUGUGCAAAGGGUCCUGAAGAAGCAGAGGCACAAGUUUUGGGGACUAAUGCGCACCGUAACUCAGGAAAUUCCCCGAGAAUCCUUCUUCAACUUCUUCAGUGCUCUCCAGUGGGGUCUGGAUGCAGAUGAAGAUGAGGAGGACGUCUUCAUUGCUCACACUUUGCGCACCUUUGUCAUCCCAAGAGCUGUGUUAUACUUCACAGGAGAAGCGCUUGAGACUGAGCAAGAGGGGGUGAUCAGGGAAUGUAAUGACCUGUUUUAUGACAAAGUCACUCAUGAAAACGGGGUGGCUGUUGUUGAGGGUGCUAAAGAUCAAUGCCUGGACUCUCAGGCAGAAGAUAUUGAUCGCUAAAGCAGGGAGGUUGGUGUAAGUUUGGUUCCCAGGUUAAGAGCCUGAAUUUGCAAUAACCAAAACUUAACUGUAAGUUACUUACAGUCUUAACCCUGUUGUCUCUUCCUGGUAGUCUCAGUAUAAAACAAAGUCCAAAUAUAUUUAGCACUUCAUUCCAUCUAGCACUCCAGUAGUGUAAACUUUUUAAAAAAUCUAGAUGGCAGUGAAUUCACUAAGCAUGUGAAUACCUUACUAUUGUGAAUCCAUGAGUUUUGUGAUUGGUAUUAGUUUCUAACCAUGAAAAUUUAUCAGACCUUAUAACUGAGGUAUAUCUAUUUGGAGAUUUCUUUUUUCCUUGGAAAAAGCAAAGCGAGGUUGCCCCUGUUCCCCAGCCUUCUUGGUGAAUGGUCUUUAUUCUGCUUGCACUAGCUGUGCCUUCAUCUCUUUGUUAUAGUAAUGCAGCAAAUUAUACUAGAAUACACUUGAUUUAUAAUUUGAGAAACCACUAGCAUAAGAAAAAACAUUUGCAGUAAAUCCACAUUUAUCAUUGACUGUUAGCUUGUUUACAGGCUCCUGUAUUUUAUGUGAUAUAGUGAUCUACUCAGAAACUCAGUUGUAUUAUUGUUUAUCAGUGAGGUAGAGUUAAAACUGAUAUAGGUAGAGAUUUCCUGAAUCCUGCCAUAAACUCUACCAUGAACUUCUGCAAAGCGGGGAUUAAAGUAUGCAUUUUCUUUUCUGUAAUGUUGCUCUCUUUCAUGAAAAUUAUAUGAUUGGUUAAGUCUU